AUGACUCCAAUCAAGAGGUUGGUCGUAUUCAAUGAGACGUUUGCGUCACUUCAUAAGGACGGAAAUAUUUGCGUGAUGUGGCAUGAGGCUAUAAGAGGCAGGUCCGCGACGGAUGUUGCAUCGGCAUACUACAACGUAAUAAAAAAUUCAGACAAUGUUACCAGAAAAUUUACAUUCUGGGUAGACAACUGUUCUGCUCAGAACAAGAAUUGGACACUAUAUUCUGCUUUUGCGACUUUUGUAAAUUGUGAAUGGGGUCCAGAAAAGAUCACCCUAAAAUAUUUUGAACCAGGCCAUUCAUUUAUGGCUGCGGAUUCGGUUCAUGGCCGAAUCAGCACAGAAAUGAAAAAACACCCAAACAUUUAUGAUUUUGAACAGCUUCUGAAAAUAAUUGAGCAGUCCUCAAAAAAAACUAAAUGUUUGCCUAUAAAUAAUUUUGAUUUUUUCCUCUUUGAAGAUGGAAGCAAACAAAGAAAAAGCAAUAAUAUACCUCUUCUUGAAAAAAUUAAGCUCGCUCAGUUUCGCAAAGGAUGCAGACACUUGUUUUAUAAAGAAUGCCAUAAUGAAACUGUCUUUCAGGAAGUCGAGUUUUUGAAAAAAAAAGUUGAUCUCAAAUUCCCUAUACAUCCUUUUGUCGAGCCACUGGGAUUGAACUCAGAAAAAAGAGAAACAAUUUUAAAAAAAUUGGUACCAUCCUUCAAAGAUGAAAGAAAGAAACUAUUUUGGCAGUUUUUGCCAUCUAAUGAUAAUUCCAAAGACUUAUGUGUGGUAUCAGAGGCUUAG